AUGGGCAAGAAAAUGAAGCUCCCUUUUCUCUCCAAGAUUAAUACAAGUAAAGAUCAAUCAACAAGGCCUUUAUGGCCUUGGCCUGCUUAUUGCAGCCAACCAAGAACCCUCUCUUUUAGUUUUAGAACAAGUGAUGGCAUGUACAAGACCAUUAACUCAGCUUUCUUAGAUGCUGCUACUAACAAUGAUGUGGUGGACUGUACACCCGCUGAGGCAUGCUUCACCAACUCUUGUGAGUUGGCUACAUUCUCGACAGCAUCAGAUGAGUCUGGAGCUGGUGACUCCAUAGAGACAGUAAUAAAAGGUUUGAGGUCAGAGAGGCUGUUCUUUGAACCAGGAGAGACUAAUUCAAUCUUGGAAGAAGCUAAGGCAGGUGGUGAGUUUCCAUUUAAAGAAAGCGUGGUAUUGUCAAUGGAGUCUCAAGACCCUUAUUUGGAUUUCAAGAAGUCGAUGGAGGAGAUGGUUGAGGCUCAUGGUUUAACAGACUGGGAAGAUCUUGAAGAGCUUUUGUCUUGCUAUUUGAAAUUGAAUGGAAAGAGCAAUCAUGGGCAUAUCAUUGGUGCUUUUGUAGAUUUGCUUGUUGGUCUUGCUUUUGCUUCUUCUUCUCCUUCUCCUUCUUCUUCUUCUUCAACUAUUACUAGUACUAGUACUAGUAUUACUACUACUCAACAUCAUCAUGAUUCUCCUUCUUCUCCUUUGUCUUUUUACUCUUCUUCUACAUCUUCUGAUUCUUCUUCUUCUACUCCUUGUGUAUCUUCAUUAGAAAACGGGGUUGAUAUAAUCAGUCCUUGUUUAACUUCUUCAUUAGAAGCUGAAAAUGAGAUUAAAAAAUAUUAA